AUGGAGAUUAAUGAAGGCUACUCCUAUGAUACCACAAUUCAAUCUGACGAUAAUCAAGUUCUUGUUAAAAAGAAUACUAGGGGUCUAACUCUCAUGAAAGAGAUCCAACUUAGGAAAUUUGAAGAUCGUAAGCCAAUUAUGCUAAAUGCUCACAACCAGCCCAUAGGCCCUGAUGAAGAAACAUUAACUAAAUUCAGAAAUUUUCUUGGUACGGUGGCACGAAAUCAACAACUUGCUCCAUUAAAUCAUACUAAUUGGUCGAAGAUGCCAUCAAAGGAUCAAAUUCGAGAAUAUAGAAUAUAUAUUCUUCCAAUAGCAAGUAAGAAAUGGGUGAUGAAUGCAAUUAGAGAUGCAUGGCGAACACACAAAUGCAGAGUAAAGAAGGCUUACUUUAAAAAAUAUGCAACUGAUGAAGAAAGAAUGAAAAACCGUCCACCAGGGAUUUCAGAACUAAUUUUUAAAGAGUUUCUUCAAUAUUGGAAUGAUAAAGAUGUGCAGAAAAUAGCUAACAUCAAUAUUGAAAAUCGCAAAAAACAACAUGAUAUGCACACUACUGGUCCAAAAAGUUUCGCCAGUAUUGACCAUAAUUUGGCUCGAAUUAAAGAGUUGCAAUCCCGAGGAGAAAGUGGUGAAAUGUUAGAAGAAGUUAUAACUGAAUUGGGGCAAGAAUGA